AUGACAGACUCUCCACAUCGUUUAAAUUCUUCGUCGAGUGAUGCAAAUUUUAAAUUAUCAUGGGAUAUUGUUCGUUCUAAAAUUAUUCAACUUGAUAAAUCAUCAAUUGAUUCAAUUCUUGUACAUGACAAUCCUCAAGAGCCUACUAUUGUUCUUCCUGAUGGUCGAAAAUUUUUCUGGUAUCUUGCUAUAGGAAGUAUGAAUAAUCCGAUCUCUCUAUAUCUUCGAGAUCUUAUCCCCAUUAUUUCUUAUCCAGUGAGAUGCCUUAAUCAUCGCAUUGUUUUUCGAGGAGCUGCUGGUAUGGCUGACUUAGAACCAUGUCAAGAAGCGGAAUUUGAUGGUGUAGUUCAUUUACUUUCUGAAGAACAAAUGGCUCGUUUAGAUAAAUUGGAAAUGACUUAUCAACGAAUCAUAGUUCCAACUGUCAACUAUCAAAAUCAAUCUCAUGCUGUCUAUGCAUAUAAAAUGGAAAUAACCCAACCUCAAGAUAAUCAUCCAAGUGAACGUUAUCUCGAUAUCAUUGUGAAAGGAUGUGAACAUUAUGGUGUUCGCUCAGAUUAUAUCAAUCGACUACGACAAGAGCAACCAGUAAUACCUCGAAAAGAACCUCACACGUAUCAAACAAUUACAGAUGUGCCACCUGACGUAUUCUAUACACUUGAUGAACUUGCAAAACACAAUGGAACUGAUCCUGAACAUCCACUUUGGAUCUGUAUUAAUGGUAAAAUUCUAGAACAUACUGGACUGCCAUCUAGUGAUGAUCCUGCUUAUGAAACACAAAAACGUUUCUACACUAUGUUACAAACACGAUUUGGUGGACGUGAAGCAGAUUUUGAAAUAGCUAAAGGCUUGUAUGAACCUUUGCAUAAGUUACCAUUAAGUGAAGAAGACGUGUCGGAUGAACAUCGAGCAAUGCUUGAAGAUCAAUUUCUUUCAAUGCAAUUUAGAAGUGGUCAAAACAAAAACUCUUGGAAACCAGUUGGACGAAUUCGUCGAUUGGGCAAGAAUACGAACUCGUCCGUGUAA